AUGAGCAGUGAAUGUUUGUUACCUUAUUACACGGCCCGCAGCUACCGUUCAAUGGGUGUGUUCAACACCUCCAUGGGGGACCUGCAGCGACAACUGUACAAGGGAGGAGAGUAUGACAUUUUCAAGUAUGCACCAAUGUUUGAGAGUGACUUUAUCCAGAUUAGCAAGAAAGGAGAGAUGAUUGAUGUCCACAACCGUGUCCGAAUGGUGACGGUGGGCAUCGCAUCCACCAGCCCCAUCCUCCCACUACCUGACGUCAUGCUGCUGGCCCGACCAACUAAAGUCUGUGAUGAGCAUGGCAGACAUGCCCGGCCCACCAAGGGGAGACGUCGCAAGCCUGCGAAGGUCCUAGAGCUCACCAGGCUGCUGCCCUUGAAGUUUGUCAAGAUCUCCAUCCACAAUCGCGAGAAACAGCAGCUGCGCCUGAAGCUGGCUACCGGCCGUACUUUUUAUCUGCAGCUCUGUCCCUCUUCAGAUGCACGAGAAGACCUAUUUUGCUAUUGGGAAAAACUGGUCUAUCUCCUGAGACCACCAGUGGAGAGUUGCAGCAGUACCCCAACACAGCGAACUGGGGACACGAUGACCACAGAGGAUGACAAAAGCUUGGUGAUGUCAGAACUCCAAGGAGAAGGAGACCAGAAUAAUUUGAGCCUUCAUAAGCUUCGUGAUGUCUCCAGAGCCACUUCUUCUGGUUAUGCUGGGGGAGAGAGAAUGCCUGGUUCAGCUCCCAUCAGCAAAACUCCAGGGACUGCCCAAGGAGCAGCAAGGGGGCCAGCCACAAGCCUGGCAGUGGCAGGAACGGCUACAAGCCCUACAGCAAAUGUGGCGGUAGCAGGAGCUGGAACAAAACCUACAGCAGACACGGCGGUAGCAGGAGCGGGAACAAAACCCACAGCAAACAUGGCGGUAGCAGGAGCGGGAGCAAACCGUGCAGCAAACAUGGCAGUAGCAGGAGCGGGAACAAGUCCUACAGCAAACGUGGCGGUAGCAGGAGUGGGAGCAAGUCCUACAGCAAACAUGGCGGUAGCAGGAGCGGGAGCAAACCGUGCAGCAAACAUGGCAGUAGCAGGAGCGGGAACAAGUCCUAGAGCAAACGUGGCGGUAGCAGGAGCAGGAACAAACCGUGCAGCAAACAUGGCAGUAGCAGGAGUGGGAGCAAGUCCUACAACAGGUGCUUUGAGCAUAGCAGCAACCAAGAAUGUGGGCGCAGGCCAGGCAGGCUUGGCCCUGGCUGGAGCCACCACCAAGGGUGUAGAAGAAAGUGGAUCCGGCAAGGCCAUGGCAGGUGCUGCCAACGUAUCCUCAGAGAGUACGAAUGUGACCUUGGUGGGUGUUGCCAGCUCAUCCUCCUUAGGCAGUUCCAUUGCCACAGCGGGGGCUGCCAGUGUCUCCCGGGCGAGCAGCGUUGUGUUUGCAGGCACGGUGACGACCACAAGUCCUGCCACAGAAAGAGCUAAAUGCCCAGCAACAGGACCCCUCGUCUCAACCCUGAAGAGUGACGGCUACAUGAGUGAACGGGACGGAAGCCAGAAGGUCUCCCAGCCCGCAGCUGAGGCUCAGAAGGAAAAAAAAGAAAAGAGAGAAAAGAAGGACAGGGGUUCCACGAGGAAGAGCUCCCAUCGCCACAGGACAGGAGGGGGCAAGUCGUCCCGGAAAUCAUCCUCCCACAGGACAUCAUCUGGACAUCAAAGCACAAGAGAUGACAAAAAAGGAAAGGGGCAGAGCAGCGUAAAGGGCAGACACAGCUCUCACAAGAGUGCCAGCCACAGCGCCACCGCAAAGGAGUCGAGGACAGCUCACAAGCCGGGGAAGAGCAGAUCUGGCAGUUCGGCUCAUUUAAGUAAGCAAUCCAGUAUGAUUGGCUCUUUCUUCAGGAGCUUCAGAGUCAUUCGUGGGUCAAAAACGGAGGUCUCAUCACGGAGCAGAGAGGUGGACUUUGUGGCUAAGAAGGUAGGGAAGCACAACAUAGAGGCCAAGGUAGAGAAAGUCCCCGGUGGCCAGGAUCUGCAGAUCUGUGAGACCGUGACAUCGGAGAUGAUGGAGACAAUCUUCAUAGAAAACAAACCCGUUUAAAUAGGAGCCAGGGCAGGACACUGGAAUGGAGACCCAGCCUCACAGAAGUAUCCCUAGAGACAAUGCCCGCUUACUUUAAUAAAGGACACCAUACGACUCCAAAAGAAAUGCUUCUUUUGUUUGCCUCUCUAUGUCCCCUAUCCUGGUGGUGACUUCACAGUGGCUUCUGUGAUGUGGACUGUGCUCAAGCCUGAGACCCCAACUUCCAAUCAUACAGGACCCCACCUCCCACCCAUGCCCAAUAUAAACAUCCUGCCUGGCCUCAACCCUCUUCUGCCUUUGGUUUCCCCAAGACUAGGGCCCCCGGUCACAGACUACAGACUGGGAAGCACCACCACCACCAAGUCUCCAUGCCCUCUCCCUCCUCUCCCCAGAGUUCUGAACAUGGACGUUCAGUCCAGUUCAUAGACUGAGAGAAGACAGGACUCCUGUCGUGUCGCCUCAGGGAAUAGUUAGGGGUGCAGCAGCAUUUGUAGGCAAUCAGAAUAGUGCAGUUUAUCGUCUAGGCCAGGAACUGGUA